CCCCCUGCCCGGCCCAUGUCCUUCGCCAUGCUGCGCUCAGCGCCGCCGGGCCGCUACCUGUACCCUGAGGUGAGCCCGCUGUCGUAGGAUGAGGACCGCGUAAGCGAGAGCGCGGGCUCCGACGAAAAACCCUGCCGUGUGCAUGCAGCCCGCUGCGGCCUCCAGGGAGCCCGGCGGCGGGCAGGAGGACGGAGGGCCGCGGGGAGCGGGCCGGGACCCGGGGGGCGGCCAGGCCGCGAGCCCCGGCAGAGACACACAGCGAAUGCGCGUGAGCGGGACCGCACCAACAGCGUGAAUACGGCCUUCACCGCGCUGCGCACACUCAUCCCCACUGAGCCAGCAGAUCGCAAGCUCUCCAAGAUCGAGACGCUGCGCUUGGCUUCCAGCUACAUUUCUCACCUGGGCAACGUGCUGCUGGUGGGUGAGGCCUGCGGCGACGGGCAACCAUGCCACUCGGGACCUUUCUUCCACAGCGGUCGUGCGGGCAGUCCCCUACCACCGCCACCACAACCACCACCUUUGGCCCGAGACGGAGGCGAGAACACCCAGCCCAAACAGAUCUGCACCUUCUGCCUCAGCAACCAGAGAAAGUUGAGCAAAGACCGGGACAGAAAGACGGCGAUUCGAAGUUAGAAGGAGGAGGGUCCACAGCAGCCAAGAGGUGAUGCCACUAGUGAAGGUGGAUCCACUGAAGAGUCACGGAGAGCCCCACCUUGGACCUGAUCUGAGCACAGGUCCCCAAGAGCAUGCUCACCAGGCCAGACCUGCCCCAGCUGUGAGCAGGGCCUAUGAACAGACAGACGGACAGGCGGGCUAUGGCUUGACUCUAAGUAGCCCAACACUUACCCAGGCCCACUGGAACUUUCCAUGCUGACUCCCUACCUGGGCCAAGUGUUGGCAUCUUGUGUCUUUAAUAUGAUAAUAUAAAGUCUGAAAAUUUUGUAUAAUUAAAAAUGAAACAGUAUCUUCCAAUCCGA